CCUGCUCUUGGUGAAGCUCUGACGUCCGAGCCGGGCACGGGGUCCCUGAACGCAUCCUAAUCCAGCCCAGCCGCUGAGUAGCCAUUUUGGUCCCACCUAAAACAGACACACCAGCUUCACUUUGGGUCGUCGGAGAUGGAAGAAAUCCGAGUCGACGGCGAGUAUUUCAGCCUCCAAACCCUUCUGAGCCCUUCCAGGAAACCUCGGCUGUUGACUCUCGACGCCAUGGCUUCUUUUUAAACACUUUGUGGGUGAAAUAACAAGCCUCGGGUGGUUCUUUUUUUAUUUUAUUUUUUUGAAGUGGCGACAGCGCCUUAGCGUUUAGUUCAGAUAGCUUCACUGACCCCGACCAAAAAACGGACAGACGGACACUAGUUCUCUAACAGUUCAGGUGCUCGGCUCCAAACACGUCCGGUUUGAAAAUCGUCACGACCCAUGCUGAGACAGUGUCCCCCUGCAAGGCAACGCAAUAAUCUGAUUUUUUUGGGGGGACAUCAAACGCCGCCUGGUGGGAUUAAAGGACAUAUAAAGAAAGAUGUCAACAAAAACCCCUUUACCCACUGUCAACGAGAAGGUGACUGAAAGUCACACGUCUCACAGUAAUGGACGUCAGGAGAUCACCACGCGCUCGGCCCGGACCGGCGUUCGAUCCCGCAGCUCCGAGGAGCCGCAGCAGCCCCACGUCGGAAACUACCGGCUGCUCAAAACCAUCGGCAAGGGCAACUUCGCCAAGGUCAAACUGGCCCGGCACAUCCUGACCGGCAGAGAGGUGGCAAUUAAGAUAAUAGACAAGACGCAGCUGAACCCAAACAGCCUUCAGAAGCUCUUCAGAGAAGUUAGAAUAAUGAAGAUUUUGAAUCAUCCUAAUAUAGUGAAGCUCUUUGAAGUGAUUGAGACGGAGAGGACGCUCUACCUGGUGAUGGAGUACGCCAGCGGAGGAGAGGUGUUUGACUACCUGGUUGCACAUGGACGAAUGAAGGAAAAGGAGGCCAGGGCUAAAUUUAGACAGAUCGUAUCGGCGGUGCAGUACUGCCACCAGAAGCACAUUGUUCACAGAGACCUCAAGGCGGAGAACCUGCUCCUCGACGCAGACAUGAACAUCAAGAUCGCAGAUUUCGGCUUCAGCAACGAGUUCACGAUGGGAAACAAGUUGGACACGUUCUGCGGCUCUCCGCCGUACGCCGCGCCGGAGCUUUUCCAGGGGAAGAAGUACGACGGGCCGGAGGUGGACGUCUGGAGUCUGGGGGUCAUCCUCUACACGCUGGUCAGCGGAUCGCUGCCCUUCGACGGGCAGAACCUCAAGGAGCUGCGUGAGCGUGUUCUCAGAGGGAAGUACCGCAUCCCGUUCUACAUGUCCACGGACUGCGAGAACCUCCUCAAACGCUUCCUGGUGCUCAACCCGUCCAAGCGGGGGACUCUCGAGCAAAUCAUGAAGGAUCGAUGGAUCAAUGCAGGAUUUGAGGAGGACGAGCUCAAGCCUUACACUGAACCGGAGCUGGACAUCACGGACCAGAAGAGAAUAGAUGUGAUGGUCGGGAUGGGCUACAACCUGGAGGAGAUCCAGGAGUCUCUGGCUAAGAUGAAGUAUGACGAGAUCACAGCGACCUACCUGCUGCUGGGCAGGAAGGCCUCCGAGAUGGAGCCCAGCGAGUCGGCCUCCAGCAGCAACCUUUCUCUGGCCAAAGCGAGACCCAACAGCGAGCUCAACGGCCAGUCGCCCUCCCACCUCAAGGUCCAGAGGAGCGUCUCCUCCAACCACAAACAGCGGCGCUACAGCGAGCAAGUUGGUCAGAACGUCCCUCCGGGGAUGUCUCAUCCGAAGAGGAGUCAGACCACCACGGCGGAGAACAGCGCCAAGGAGGACGGCGGGGUCCAGCUGCGUAAACCCGGCACGGGGAGCCGCGGGGCUCCGCCCGCCAGCCCGUUGCUAGGCAACGCCAACAACCCCAACAAGGCCGACAUCCCCGACCGCAGGAAAGGCGUCACCACCGGACCGGCCAAUAACACGACGGCGUCGGCGGGGAUGACCCGGAGGAACACGUACGUCUGCAGCGACAGAAACAACACCGACCGCCUCUCCGUCAUCCCCAACGGGAAGGAGAACAGCAGUGUUGCGGCGUCGCCCGGCGGCCAGAGGAACCCGGUGGCGUCCAUCAACAGCAUCGCCAACGCCACCACUCCCGACCGCCUGCGCUUCCCGCGGGGCACCGCCAGCCGCAGCACCUUCCACGGCGGCCAGCUGAGGGACCGCCGCACGGCCACGUACAACGGCCCGCCGGCCUCGCCGACCCUCUCCCACGACGCCACCCCGCUCUCUCAGACCCGCAGCCGUGGAACCAGCAACCUGUUCUCCAAGCUCACCUCCAAACUCACCCGCAGAAACAUGUCAUUCAGGUUUACCAAAAGAGUCUCAACCGAGUUUGAGAGAAACGGGAGACUUGAGGGCUCAAGUCGCCAUGUACCUGGGGAUCAAAAAGGGGAAAAUAAAGACAGUAAACCCCGCUCCCUCAGAUUCACUUGGAGUAUGAGGACCACCAGCUCCAUGGAGCCCUGCGACAUCAUGCGGGAGAUUCGCAAGGUGCUCGACGCCAACAACUGCGACUACGAACAGCAAGAGAGUUUCCUGCUCCUCUGCGUCCACGGAGACGGGCGGGCGGAGAACCUGGUCCAGUGGGAGAUGGAGGUCUGCAAGCUGCCCCGACUCUCCCUCAACGGCGUCCGCUUCAAACGGAUAUCCGGAUCAUCCAUCGCUUUCAAAAACAUUGCUUCCAAAGUUGCCAACGAGUUAAAGCUAUGAACAAAAAAAACAAACAAAAAAGGGGGUUUAAAAAGUAUACAUAUAUAUAUCUAGAAGUAUUUAAGCUGUACAAUCAUCCAAGUAGCAGUUUCCAAAUGUCUCCCUUUUUUUAAACAAAAUACAGAGUAUGUAUUGAAUAUUAUAAUGUAUAGAUUAAGGCUUUUGGCAAUAAUCACUGAAUUACCUACUAAUAUCUCAGUCUGUUGUGGCCACGCGGAGGCCGACUUUAACGAGUUCAAUAUGAUUUGUCAUGCUGUGAAUGUGGACAAAAAAAGAUAAACAUUUCUAGUCUUAUUUAUUUUUCAUCUUUUUUUUUUUUGUUUCGUUUUUCCUCUGGGGAAAAAAGAAAAAGAAAUUUAAGUAGCGGUUUUUUUUUUGUUUUUGUUUUCAGUGUAAAUAAUUGUAUCUUUACUUUCAACACGGCUUCACUGCAAUACUCAUUUUUUUUUUUUUUUUUUGUAUUU